GCCGUUGAGAAACUGUUGAGAGUUCAAAUAACCAAACCUUACGCAGUUGAUCCACCCUGUGGCUAGAUCGCGGUUUGUUUAGUCAUCCUUUCGUAAAGACGUGAAAAGCUGAGAGCGUAUAUCAAGAGCUCAUUUGCUGUGUCUAAACUCAGAGUUCAGACCUCAUCGCAGCGGACUUAUGUUUCGAUUCUAAACAUCAAGAUGGCUUCAACUUUAACAGAGAGCUCCUUUGGAAGAGCAGGUUACUAUCGAAUGACUCCAGAAAAACUAGAGGCGAUGUUUUCCGCUUUUCUGCAGAAGGGCGAUAUAAAAACGGCGAAACAGCUUCUGGCAUUUUGCGGAGACACAGCAAAUCUCGACCGAUUGGACGGGGACGGCAAUUCAUUGCUGCAUCUUUCUUGCACCAAGGGAAACACCGAAGCAGUAAGGCUGCUUGUUUGUGAGGGUGCAAGUUUGGACUUAAAAAAUUUCCAAGGCAGAACAGCUCUUCAUUUGAGCUCAGCGAAAUCACAUGCGACGGUGACUAAGUAUCUAGUGGAACAUGGAGCUGAUGUUAUGGUUUAUGACAAUGGUGGGGAAUUACCCCUUGAUGUUGCUGGCUGCUUGGAAACUGCUUUGAUACUUGUCAAAAAGAUGGUUGCUUUGGGGUAUAAUGACCUUAUUAAUGAUUAUCUGAUACCUAUAAAUUUUUCGAAAAACAAAAUAGAUGAAAGAGAGCCAAGUUCAUCUCUAAUCAAAUCCUUGAAGGACCAGCAGAAAUCCUCACCCGAGGAUCUGGCAGUCAAUGAGGCGUUGGAGAAUCAGCAGGGCUGCCGUUUUCGAUUGGAAGGCGAAGAAGAUACUGAGCAAAAACAGGUCAAUAAAAGAGUUGCAGACAGCGAUGAACAUUCGGUUUUUCCACAACAGACGCGCCGAUAUACCUUCCCAUCUUACUUGGGAUUCAUGAGGCCUUCAGGAUCUAUCUUGAAGCGAUCUAUGUCCUUCUCGGGCAGCCAGAAAGCCGAAGAAACGCCUGAAGAACCAGCUGAUCAGAACGGAAAAGGUGACAGAAAAUCUGGAAAUAGGUCAGUUACAUUUCCAUCGGAUAUUCUUUGCCAAGUGUGUAUAAUGGACAACGAUUAUAAAGACCUGAAAAGACUUAUCCUGUGUGACAAAAUCCAGGAACUAAACAAAUUAUACGCCAACGGCAUAACAGCGUUACAUUUGGCUGCCAUUGAAAACAAAUACAAAUGUGCCGAGGUUCUUAUUGAUUGUGGUGCAGAUAUAGAGAUGACGGAUCCGCACGGAUGGACGCCACUUCACGCCGCUGCAUUCGCCGGUAAUAUCAAAUGCGUCAAAGCACUUUGCAACAAGGGUGCAAAUAUCUGUGCAACUACGAACAAUGGUGAAACUGUCUUUGAUUUGGCCGUGACGGACUUGAUUAGAAAAUACUUGAAGAUGAUGACAAUAAGACUUGUUAUGGACGAAAAACGACAUUUACAAAGAAUGGACUCCGUAUAAAUUCCGCGUCUGUUGAUUCAAUAUAUAAAUGCUUAUAUUAGGCUUUGAUGUAAAUUUUAAAAUUGAAAUUUUACCAGCAAUAGAUGUUCUGUUUUAGCAUCAUGUUGGCGACCCGAACAGGAAUUAUCCUGGGUCUCAAGUAAUUUCUCUAUUUAUUUUGUAUAUUUGAUCCAGUUUGACCCACUUUUGAUGUUUCAAAAGGCUAAGCUUGAUAACCUCUAUGCAAUGAAAGAGACAACCCUAUGUUUGGAUCGAUUUUGUAGACUUUUCCCUGUAAAAAUUAUUAAAAAGCUGUGCUUUUGUUACACGUUAAAAAAUUGUUUAAGGACUUUCACAGAAAGGCCUUAAAAGUCAACUGAGAGUAUAAACAGAGAAAAAUUGUUCAAUUAUUUGCUGUAAUUCCCCCUUUCUAGAUUACUGCGUUUUCCUCACGGCAAUGAUUCAUCACAAUACUAUAUUGUUUUUUGUGGUCUUUGCCUUGAACCCGUUAACCUUUUAGAUUCUUUUCUUGCCUAUAAGAUGUGUCGAAUUACGAGCUUCUCUGUAGACCUCUCCUGACCUAAAAACCCUAAACAAUCGCAGCCCUUUUCUUGUGCUUUGUCAUGUAAGUAGCUGAUUUUAUCUCAGUACUUUUCUAAACAAUGUUCCCCUUGGUAAAUAAUAUUUUUUCAGAAUACAAUCUAAUUUAUAA